CAUACAACAUUUCAAAACGCACUCCCACUCCGGUAAAAGGGUGAGUGAACCGCCUCAUUGUUAUUUAUUGCAUUUGCCUCUAAUAAUACAUUAAUUAGCCGUUUUACGGACACAGCGAGUGCAAUAACAUAGGUCGCGAGAGCCAUGCCGAUGUGAGUAAUUUAAAAGGUGUGGCACGACAAGGGGCGUAGUUUCUCGUCUAGUGACAUUAGUGGUGUGAAAAAUAUUCUUCCUAACUCGUCGCAAGAUGACCGAGUACAAAUUGGUGGUGGUAGGCGCGGGAGGCGUCGGUAAAUCCGCAUUGACUAUACAGCUGAUACAAAAUCAUUUUGUGGACGAAUACGAUCCUACGAUCGAGGAUUCGUAUCGGAAGCAAGUUGUUAUCGAUGGUGAGACGUGUUUGUUAGACAUCCUCGACACGGCGGGGCAGGAAGAGUACUCUGCCAUGAGGGACCAGUACAUGCGGACGGGGGAAGGCUUCCUGCUGGUGUUCGCAGUGAACAGUGCUAAAAGUUUCGAGGACAUUGGCUCCUACCGGGAGCAAAUCAAGCGGGUGAAGGACGCGGAGGAAGUGCCCAUGGUGCUGGUGGGGAACAAGUGCGACCUGCAGGCCUGGGCAGUGGACAUGGCGCAGGCGCGAGAGGUGGCGCGGAGUUACGGUGUACCCUUCGUGGAGACGUCAGCCAAGACCCGCAUGGGAGUCGAUGACGCAUUCUACACACUUGUCCGAGAAAUCCGCAAGGACAAAGCGAGUCGAGUAAAAGGAAUAGGAGAGGACGAACCAUAGGCCCCGGACGAAAGUUUAGGUGCACCUUUCUCUAAUUCGAUAAAUAAUUUAGUACUAAUAUUUGUGGAUAUUAUCUGACGGUGAACGUGUAAGUCAAUUUUAUUGUCGACAAACUACUCUUUAGUUAAUGAUCGAUUAUUACAAAGCUAAUCGAUUAACAAUCGAUUUAGCUUUCUUAGGCUAGACUACAAAUUACACAAUAGUUUUUGUUUACAAUAAUAUUGACUUCGUGCCAGUAGGCUAGCUUAUCGACUACACGGCUCACGAACAUGGAAAUUGAAUCUUAAAACUUGAGUUCUAUGAUUCAAUUUUCACGUUCCAUAGUGUAGUUAAGGUUAGGGGAAACGCUAAAGGUAUUAAGUAAAUACUUAUUAGCCUUAAUAUAAAUUUAUAUUAUGAAACUUCAGAUAUGUGCAGUUAGAGACCUAUUUGUGACCCAUCCUGCAAGCAAUCUAUCCUGAAUCUAUAUACUAAUCAGCCAUAUAUGCAACCCAUACAUAAUAUUCAGAUAUAUAAGUGGUAGAUAGAAUAAAAAACUAUAUGCAGCCAGUCAAACAUUUGGUGCAAACCAAUUUAGAUACUUACUCGCUUUUCGACUAAUUUUUACCAUUUAUAUAAAAACAUUCUACAUAGCAUGUAAUCCUUGUAUAAUAUUAAUUAUAAUUAGCUAAUCUCUGUGAGAAAUAUCCAUAAAUAUUACAUAAUAUAAUGUAGUAAUGAGGCAGUUCUAAAAUCUUUGGCGUUCUUCUGAAGCUGAGUAAAAAUUAUAUGAAAAAAAAAACAUUUUGUACAGUGAAAUAUUUCAGAAGUUAUGUACUUUGUGCUUCUUUUGUAUGAGAUACUUCAAGCUUGAAUGUAUGGGUAUGAGUGUAUCUUUGUGAGGGUACCUGAAGAUACAAGUUCAUUGAUUAGGGUUCUACUCAUUUGGAAACACACAGUUCAAAGAAAUAUAAAGCCAUGCCUUUAUCUCCUCGAAAGGGAUAAGCAAAAGUACGCAUUUUAUAUGUCUCGUUGAUCGAGCAUUCGUAACUGCGACUGUAAAACUAGUGAUCUUUAAAGAAAACUGUUUAUUCAUUAGACAAAUGAUAUUUACACAUAAGUAGAACCGUAAACAACGAACCAGUUUAAACUUGUCUCAAUAAAGUUAGUAUGAUAAUAAGCUGAAGCUAAAGUUUAUUCUAUAAAUUAGAAUACAUCUCUCAUUGAAGAUAUCUACUAAGUUAGCGGGGUUUAUCAUUAUCGCCCCUCUAACCAUAGACUUCAGUCGCGACUGACGGAGGAUAGACAAGAUUCUAAUUAUUUAUUUUUAAGUAUUAAUCCCAAAUUAGACAAUUAAGAAUAAUUUUCGAAGCUGUAUGAUAAGUUUCCAAUCAUGAGGGUGAUCUUUUACUAAGCUUUUUGAGCACUUUCUAUCCUUUUAUUCUAUUUAAUAUUGUAUCUGGAUUUUAUACUUUGUUUCUUUAAUACUCACCUUACGUUCUGGCAUUGAGUUCUCAAGGUGCUAUUUGGAACAUAGUAUGCUUGCAGAUACCGUAUAUGUGAAGAAAUGUAAGUGUGUAUAUAUAUCUAUCUAUAUCAUACUGCUUUAUACAUAAACUACAGCUGUACUUACUGCCUACGUCUUACGUAAUGUCUAUGUACUUCCUAACCUCCAGAAUAUUCCAUUAAAUGCAUGAAUUUGUCAGAAUAUGAGGGGAGGGCUCGAAUUACUUCUUGUAAUGGUUGUGCGUUAUACAAGUACAAGUUCAUUUUACAAGGUAGCCCGCAAUGUAUCAGUUACUUAUUAAAUUCUUAUUGAGGCGGAGAAUUCAAACGAUAAAUUGUGCGAGCUCAGCCAUGUAUCAUAUCAUUACUAUAGUAAGCAUUCGAUACAUGUUGCACUCCAUAGUAGCCCCUGUCUUAUAAAAGCAGACACCUCUAGCAGGUCUAACUUUACUUAAUCUUAUAACUCUUUCGAAUCGAUAAUUUUAUACAUGAUAUGGAUAUCGAUUAAAUAAUAAUCUGAGAAAUGCUACUCCUUGUAGUUCCUAAAACAGACUAGGAACCAGUUUGUGGUAGUCUACUAGUUUAAAUUGUUGUUAAUGAUUAUCUAAUGGAUUCUUCAACUCGUGUAGUUCGUGCCCUCUCCUCCGUAACCCGAAUGACUAUACACAAAGUACUAGCAAUAAUAUCAUUAUACAAUCGUUAUUGUAGCAUAAUAUUAGGAGCAUUGUUGAAUGUUUUCUACUUUAGCUAGAAGCAAUUUUGCAAGCUAUAUUGAAGUUUAUACUACUUUAUGACUAACGCUUGUAUUUUUUGAUAAAAUAAUUAAUUAAACGUAACUAUAGGAUUUGUAGAUAUUUCCUUUGCCAUAAUAGUUCGUCGAAAUAAUUGGCAACAUUUUUUGGCAAAGGACGAAUACUACACAUCCUAUUUAGUUACGCUUAAGGUUGCUCAUAAAUUGCCCUCUAUGAACUUCUUAGGGAAUUCCGUUGUUUUAUCAAAUUCCUAAUUUUGCGUGUUAUACUUAUGUAAGCAUGCGAAAUGUUUUACAGUGUUUAUAUUUUACUCAGCAUGUACAAUGAAUUAUUCAAACGAAUUUUUUAAAUCAAAUAUCAACAAUCAUACUUUUUAAUAUUUUGACAGCGUUUUUAUUUAGGAUUUUAAGUUAAUAUUACAAUUUUUAGUUUUAAUUUAGCUAUAGUCUGAAAAUACACCAGGUACUUGCUAUGUUUUGUUUUUACCGAUUGUAUGACUGAUGUCUAUAUCAGAAUAAAAUAUUCUUGUUAGACCUAAUUAGCUAUUAGCACUAUACCUAGUACCUACCAAUGAAUCGUUCAAACGUUAUUUUUAGCUCAAAUAAUAUCGCUCUGAAGGCAGGCUUUUGAGUGCAUGAACUAGACGUAAAUAGACACGGUCGAUAAUGAGCUACAAUGCUGGGAUGAACUUGUAGCCUACUUCAGAGGGGUUGUUAUUUGACUUGUACGAGUUACACGUGCAGCAAAUCAAUUUUAUGCAUAUUACCGAUGCCACGUUAGUAACACUGACAACAGCGAUAAAAACAUCAAUUGCUUACAAAAUCCUUUUCCAGUGUCAAUAUUAGCUACAUACAGUCAGUACCUUUUAACCUUCGAUUGGGUGCCAAAAUAAAAGUACUUGGUGUAUUUUUAUGAAUUACUUAUGUAAUUUAAGUUCGAACGAAAAAUCCAAGCUGCCAUGAAAAUCGUCAUCAGCCAGAAUAAUUUUUGCCAUGAAUUAUGUAUACCUACACCCAUUUCGUAGCCAUAAUUUUGUAUUUAAUGAAAAUAUUUUUUAAAGCUUUGCAAUAAACAUUUACAGUAUAAAAAUCUAUGUCAAGCUGUAUAUGAAUAUUAAGUUGCUUGUGAGCGUUGUUCAAAUGAUUACUUUUUUCUUAAGUAGUUUUAAUUUUUAUGUCCUGAAAAAGAAUUAUAACAUUUGAGACAACGCUCACAAGCCAGGGCGUAUAGUAUGUAAUAUUUUUUAUUAUAUUAAAUAUAAAUUUCAAAGCUAGUGCACAAUUUUGUUGGAAAUAGUUGAUAUUUUAUAACUAAUUAAUUCUGUAACAAUAUAGCACAAGACUGUGUGCUAAUUGAAAUAAAUAAAAUUGACGAGGUAAA